GGUCGAUCUCUCCCUUGUCGACGUGUCGAUGCGAAAUAAUCGUGUGAAUACAGCAAUAAAAGAUCAUUCGGGAAUUCAUGCACUCAGGCUACUACUAUUAGUAUUAGUGCCAUUCUACCGGGAGCCGGAAGCACUACAGCAUCCAUCUUGAUUUCACGCGGUCCUUCUGCAUUCUGCCAGGGGCACACUAGGGCACAAGUUCAGUCCAACUGCGUCCGUCUUGAUCCAAGGCUCUCUCGUUCGUACCACCAGUCGUGCUUGCGACGUACCACUCCUAGGACUACCUGCCAGCCCUCUGCUGUCUCUGAAGCGCGUCAGCCACGACUCACCUCUCCUGCUUUCCUGACCGGCAAGCCAUCAACCGGAAGCUGUCACUACAUAGCAUGCCCUCUCCUUUGACGCAGAACGACAGCAUCAAGGCGUGUCGUCCCAACCCGGAGGAUCGUCUGACAGCCCCGGCUUCUGCGUCUCAUAAAUCUGACACGACACGCACCACCGCUACGGCUGCCAGCUCAUCUUCUACUUCUCGCUCAGCGCCAACGUCUCCGCCGCCUUCUGGUCCUCUUCCACCUCUGCCCACUCAGGCUUUGUGGUCUGCGCGUCAACCCACUGUAGCACCGACGCAAGUGUCAACUAGUGCUCCACGCAAGUCUGCUGGGGACACGUUAAACAAAACAAGUACUUCUGCGAUGGGUGCGGGCAUACCAGUGAAAACGAGCGCACUUCCCAAUUCCAUCUCACGGCCCAAACCGCCCAUUGGAGCUAAAGAGGAAGUUAUCCUCCACGAAACGCCAAACCAGGCUACCGGUCAGGAGUUCGGAGAAAGUGCUUCUGCUUCAUAUACACAAACAUCUUCACAUAGUCGUAUUCCAGAACAAGUUCCAGCAGCUCCGCUGCCACAGCCAGCAAAAUCGGGAAUGUUCAAACGUCUCGCAACACGUUUGGCGAGUACACGUUCGUCACCGUCACCUCGCCCUUCGCCUGCCACAACUCCUACCGAAGAAGCAGCAACGGCAAAACCCCUCACAACCCUUCCCACUCAGCACGAAUUGCUAACAAAGGAAGAUGUGCACGAAACCAGCCUCCCUCCAAAUUCAAAUUCGAGCCUAACCCCCGCUCUAACACCGGCCCGGACGUCACCGUCUAUCCCAGACACUCCGACAAGAUCGUCGCAAGUGCCGCCACCGCCAGCGCCGCAACCCCGGCCUCGGCCCCAACAAACCGGCCAGCUCCAGAGUCUCAACGCGCGCCUGGCACUCGCAGUGCGCGCGGAGAAGGAAAAGCGAGCAGAGCGAAAGGCCGAGAAAGCUCGAGAGGAACAGCGUGCGACUGAUGCUCGCCGCGCUGCUGCGCUUGCGGAAGUCGGCCUCCUUCCUGCCAGCCGGAGGUAUUCUGUCGCGCCGAUGUUGCAGAACGGGAAGUCCUUCGAUCCUUUUGCAAAAGACGGAAUCCAGAAGGAUGGAUGGAGCGAUGAAGGUAGUUAUGCCGAAGUAAAGGAGGUUAAGCAGGAAGGAGAGGGCGGGCUAAGUGCUGCGGAGGCAGUCAUCCGAGAAUGGCGGGUGAGGAACCAGUGCGCAAAGGAAGUGUCAUUGAAGGAAGUAUCAAAAGGUGACGUACCCCAAUCUUCCGAGAAUAACGAAGAAAGAGAGGAAACGAAGAACGCGAAGCAGGAUAGUACGGCGAUAGUCUCACCGUCAAAGAAGGAGGGCGUCUCUGAUCGUGAUGCCGAGCAAGGGACUACUUACAAGCCUCCUCUUGCUCCAGCAAUAGCCGCGUCGCCAAAGAAAGAGGGCAUCUCUGAUGGCAAUGCUUUUUCACCGGUUUCGACAAAGAACGAAAAUCCGUAUGAGCAGAAUUUGAAGGGAGAUACCUCAGAGUCAAAGGAGACGGAUAAAGCUGCACUUGGUGCAUGGCGUUUCCCAGUUGCCACUGCUCCUUCAAGCGCUCCAGCGUCAUCUGGUUCGACGACUCCGCGAAGGGAGAACGCGAAUGAGCAUGAUCAUCCAGUGUCGCCGACAAGUCCCAGGUCAGUAUUGACGACGUCUAACACAAUUAAGGCUCAAAGCAACCCCUCAUCGCCUCGCUCCGAAGACAUACCUCCACCGCCACCGCCGAAGUCCGAGACGCCCAAGGCCAGAGGGAACACAAACGAUGAAAAGCCUGUUGCAGCCGCUCAGCGCUCGUCUGAUGGAAGAGAAGUGCACCCAGCACCCGUCCCAUUGUCGCCUGCACAGAUACCUCUUCCCGCUUCCCCUUGUUCCCCUACAACCCCUAUAGCAUCAGCGUCUUUUCUUGGAGAACGUGCUCGUCCUAGAUCCGCGACAGCCCCAUCUAUGCCAUCUACCCCGCAAGUAUCGAUUUCACGCAUUCAUAGUCAGAAACAACAAGCAGUGCCUCCCAUCCCAUCUCAAGCUUUCACAUUAUCCCCUCCAGCUCUCUCACCAACAACAUCAACAAGCGCAUCUACAGAUAGUGGUUCUGCAUUUCCGCAAACACCGACCACAUCAAGUCAUGGACAUAGUCCAGUCCGCGUGCUCGAUGCACCACUUGAAGACGAAGAAGAUGCUUUACUAUCGGAGGAGUCUAUAUCCUCAUUUAGUGGCGCUAACGGCGUUCAGGAAAAGGCAAAAUCCCGACCUAUAGUGACCGGGGUGAAGGAGUUUGGCGAAUUGGCAAAUCUGACGUCCGAAGGACACAAUGCUGGGUUGGCACUUCCACCGCUACCUCCAGGAGCUCGAGCCCCUGCAAUCGGAAGUGUUGUAACGCCGGUCACUGUCGAUGGAGCAUCUGAUAAACGAAAGCGGACCACAUUGUUUGGGCGACGGCGUACUACGCAAAACGGUCCUCCGAUGAUUACUGUCCCCGGGAGUACGACUAGCAUCACGUCGAAGGCUAACACUAAUGGGAUCGCUCGAGAGUCAGCAAAGCCGCGUACAGUUUCUUCUCUCACAAACCUAAAACGGACUGUUACGUCUGUAACGGCAGGUCUGGCUCUUGGCAGCGCCACCGGCGCUAGUACGCGGCCCUCGAAUAAGACACCAUCCGCUCCACCGCCCUCUUCAUCAUUUGGCAAGAAAACAUCGUUCCUAGGUGGUGACCGUGGAGUACAACCAGUACGUGCCUCAACAAUGCCUGCAGCGGUGACUGGACCAGGAGUGCCGACGACUCCUCGUUCAAACACUUCCGGCGCCAAUUCACUAUUCCCUCCCGGCACUGAAGACUCUGUUCAAAACCAGCGUAGUGGGACGGGUGUCGGCCUGCGCGUUCAACCGUUAAACCCGACCAUACAUUCGAGAGGAAGUAUACUCCUCGAAGCGCACGCUAUCGAAGACGAGGAGAGCCGCCGACUCAGUGAACUUGCGUUCCUUGACUAAAACUACGUACCAGUCAUACUCUUCAUAUGUGCGCGACUCGCUCCUUUACUUUUGUCGAAUUCGCAGCGGACCCUUCCCCCCUCCUUCAUUGUUUCCCACAACUCUUGUCUCCCAAUUGAGAUCUCGCACUUGCAUUUACUUGUUGCACGUCAUCUGUACAAGACAUCUUUCCCUUCCUAAUAUCUAUACCACUCGUUCAACAUAUCAUUGCAUUCCAAACAGCACUAUUCCGUCGAUUCAAUAUUUUACCUGUCACCCAUACAGUUGACACUCUGUCGUUCUUUUUUCUUGUGGAGGAUUUGACAUACUUAAUCAGAUUUUGUUGUAUUGCCCCAGAUAGUAUUGCUCUUUCACUGUGUAGUUCUUACUUCUUAUAUUACACUGUUUGUUUGUUUGAUUUACCUCUUCUUUUUCCUCAAGAUUUUUCCUGCUUUGCAUUUGUUUUUGAUUUUUUGCACUCAUUGUCAUACCUGAUGUCUGUGAGUGAUAUAUCUCUUGUAGACAAGACACCGUGACUCUGAUAGGAUUUGACUU